UGUCCAACGACAAGUUUUGGUCCAUCAAGGAUCUUCUCUCAGACUAUUUUGGAACCUGCUUUUGGUUUGUGGUUUAAUCAACUCAUUCCUGUUGCUCCAAAUAUAACCAAGUUUCCUCGAUGAAAGUCCAGUCCCGGAUCAACUGCAGCGCUUGAGGACACGGAACAAGAUGACCAUCCACGUCGAGGGUCUCGUGGCCAUCGUCCUUUUUUACCUGGUCAUCCUGUUCGUGGGCCUUUGGGCGGCGUGGAAGAACAAGAACUCGGGAGUGGGCGACGGCGGAGAACGGAGCGAGAGCAUCAUGGUCGGGGGUCGCGACAUCGGCUUGUUCGUGGGCGUCUUCACGAUGACGGCAACGUGGGUCGGCGGGGGCUACAUUAACGGGACGGCUGAGUACGUCUACUUGCCUGACUAUGGCUUGGCUUGGGCACAAGCACCCUUUGGAUACGCCCUCAGUCUGGUACUAGGAGGUCUUUUCUUUGCCAAACCCAUGCGUUCACGGGGCUACGUCACCAUGCUGGAUCCUUUCCAACAGCUCUACGGAAAGAGGAUGGGGGGUCUUCUCUUCAUCCCCGCUGUCAUGGGAGAAAUCUUCUGGUCUGCGGCUAUUUUGUCUGCUCUCGGAGCCACUCUGAGUGUGAUUGUGGACAUAAACAUCAACAUGUCAGUGUUGAUCUCAGCCCUGAUUGCCAUCUUCUACACCCUUGUGGGAGGACUCUACUCAGUUGCCUACACAGAUGUAGUUCAACUCUUCUGCAUCUUCCUGGGUUUGUGGAUCAGCGUGCCGUUUGCCUUGUCCAAUCCUGCCGUGUCAGACAUCACGGUGACAGCCAAGGAGGCAAUCCACCAGUCACCCUGGCUGGGGAAGAUUGAUCCCGCAGAUAAAUGGCUCUGGGCGGACAAUUUCUGCUUGCUGAUGUUGGGGGGGAUUCCCUGGCAGGUCUAUUUUCAACGGGUUCUUUCUGCCUCUUCAGCUACCUACGCCCAGGUCCUCUCCUUCCUCGCUGCCUUCGGUUGUUUGGUCAUGGCCGUGCCCUCUGUCCUCAUUGGAGCUAUAGGGGCGUCCACUGACUGGAACCAGACUUCGUACGGGGCCCUGGCGCCGAAGGACAAGGAUGAAUCCGACAUGAUCCUCCCCAUCGUGCUUCAGCACCUCUGCCCGUCUUACGUCUCCUUCUUCGGCCUGGGGGCGGUGUCCGCGGCCGUCAUGUCCUCGGCGGAUUCCUCCAUCCUCUCAGCCAGCUCCAUGUUUGCCAGGAACAUCUAUCAACUGGCCUUCCGGCAGUCGGCCUCAGAUCGUGAGAUCGUCUGGGUGAUGCGCCUCACCAUCUUCGUCUUCGGAGCCCUUGCCACCGCCAUGGCCUUGCUAACAGGAACCGUCUACGGCCUGUGGUACCUGAGCUCGGACCUGGUCUACGUCAUCGUCUUCCCCCAACUUCUAAGCGUCCUUUUCGUCAAAGGAACCAACACCUACGGCUCAGUGGCCGCCUACGUCUUCGGUCUGUUGCUACGAAUCGGUGGCGGCGAACCCUACCUGAAACUCCCCCCGUUCAUCUACUACCCCGGCUGGGUGACCCAGGAGAAGAUCCACCGCCUCACUGGAGAGGUGGAGUACUUUGUCCAGCAGAGGUUCCCGUUCAAGACCGUGUCAAUGGUGGCGUCCUUUUUGGCAAACGUGGCGUUUUCCUACCUGACAAAGUACCUGUUUGAAAGCGGAACGCUCUCGCACAAGUACGACUUCCUGGACGCCGUGAUCUCCAAGCACAGCAAGGAGAUCAUGGACAAGACCACGCUGGUGAGCCAGGACAACAUCAUCCUUUCCGAGAUGGCGCCCGUCAAACAAGCCCUGGGCGCGUCCCUGGCGGGGACCUUCAUCAACAGAGAAGUUCUGAGUGAGGACGAAGCGUCGAGUCCGGAGGAUUUUCAAACUGCAAACUAG